AUGUUGACGAGCAUGCUUGUCGCUUUCCCUCUUCUCGAGCGGCUAGAGCUCGGUGGUGAAUGGGGAAAACCACCAGCCUCUUGGACGCCCGAUACCAAAAAAUCGUCCCCAUCUCUGAAGAGCAUCGCGUUCAGUGGAUCUUGCAGCUUCAACCUGUGCAACCUGAUUUGGGGCACGGUAUCCCUCUCGAGAUUGGAAACGUUGACCGUCCACACCGAUUUCUCCAUUCGCAGAGAUAAACGCAAGCUGUUACAGCACGUCGCGCCGUCGUUGAGGCACUUGCAACUCACGGGCUACGGCCCCCUCGUGCUCGUGAGGCCGGGAGAGCAUCUCAAUCUCGGUCCUCUGACCCACCUGGAACACCUUUAUGUCAAUGUGACGAUCUCCCUUAGCCGGUCCACGCCCCUGCAAUGGGUGCCGGGCUUACUGUCGUCGGUAUCGCGAGAGUAUGUCCCGCCCCUGAAGAUCCUCACCGUCGCGUACGACCUCGGCAAAGAAGAGAAGCAGAAACCGGUUAGCUACGCAAGAUACCGCGUUCUUACGGAGUGGCACCAUCUCACUUUGGCCGAUGCCCUGGACCUCGCGAUCGGAUCGCCGGUGGUGAAGGGACUGGAGCGCGUGAACAUCGUCAUGCACUAUCCGGCCGAACGAGCCCAGAUCGCGAUGCUUUUCCCGAGUCUACAGGCUCGGGACGUCUUGCGCGUUUACGUGGGCGUCGGGGACGACCAGGAAUUGAUGUGGCCCCUGCGAGACUCCAUAUUCGACUUUUAAAAAGCGGACUGUUUUCUAAUGCAUGCCAGAAACGCAAAAGCACAUCGCGG